AUGUCGCCCAAACCUCACUUACUCUUCAUAUCUUCCAGCUCCAUACCUUCCUACCUCAACCACUACUACCUUCAAAUCCUCUACCUCAGCCUUCAUCACCUUGCUAGCAGUCCUACACUGUCUCUCCCUCUUGCUUUAUCCUCGUCUGAGCUGCUAUCCUUCAUUAUGGCUCAAUUCACGCCUAUCAAUGUUGACCCUAAAGCCAACGGAGCUUACUUCAGCGAGCAGUUAGCUAAAGGGGAGGCCAACCUUGACGUCUUUGCUAUCUUCGGACUGCAUGCAAAUGGUCCUGUUCUUGACCGUCGUGCGCUCUGCUCGCACUUCACAACUGAGCUCAUGCCCCACUCCUUCGGGGGUGGCACUGCUAGCAGUGCAAAGACUCAAGGCCGUAAGAUCCCGACAUGGGCUCUCAUGAACACUGCCCAGAAGAUUCUUUGGCGUCUGGACGAUGCCGGUCUCGCACGCCUGCAGGAUGCAUGGAGGGUAAAAUCCAAGCAGGUCUGGAACCCUUUCGCGGAGCCGGGCUCACCCGAAGCCUUCAUCCCAACUCGUAGCAGUGCUCGCCGUAAUGCCCCUAAAUACUAUAUUGCCGGCGUCGAAGAGGUGCCUGAUGAGUACGACACCGCACGCAAGCAAGGCGCCGGGAUCCCCGGCUCUCAAUCCAAUCCUUUCUGCAUUGACUCCGAGGACGAAGGAGACCCCAUGGAGACUGACAACUUUGUCCCCGAUCUCUCUGGCCAUUCUGGCUUCGCUCGUGAGCACCCCGACCUGAUGGACUAG